GCGGAGCUUAAACCCGUGGCAAGAUGGCGUCGCUGGUGGUUUUCCGGCAGUUGCGAGACGUGAUUGCGACCCAGGAGGUGCUGGUGGAGAAGCUGAGGCAGCAGAUUACAGUACUGGAGGAGAAUUCUGUUAGCAGGGUGGAAUAUGAGGCUAUUGUCGAGAAGCUAGAGGAGGAAGUAGAAGAACAUGCAAAGACCAAGAGAAAUCUGGCUAAGGAAUCUGAACAGCUGGAGUUUGCCCUGGGGGAGAUUGAAGUUCUGUCGAAUCAACUUAAGAGAGAGAAACAAGCGUUUGAUAAUGCACUUUCCAAUGUGAAAAACAAAGCGCUGAAGGAGUCAAUCCAAAAAGACAAACUGAAAAGCAAAUGUACGGAAAUUGAGAGCCAUAUUCAGAAACAGGAAGACAUUCUGAACUCUAAAAACAAUGAGAUAAAGGAGCUGCAGCACUUCAUAAACAAACAGAAGCAAACCUUGAAGAAACAAGCAUCUGACUUGAAAAUACAAAAACAACAGGAGUAUUACAUUUCAAAAGUGCUCAGGGAAAAACCCAAGAAGAGUGUUAAGUAACUCUAGCAGCAUUCCCUUAUAUGUUGUCUAUCAGUUUUCUCAUGAAGAAAUUCUGUUGUUUGUAGGUAAAGAAACCAUUUAGAUGUUCACCUCCAAACAGUAAUAUCCAGCAUAAUCCCUAUGGGUAACGCUCGCUAGAAGCAUGUAGUCUGUCCGUACUUAUCCACCAGGUCCCAGUCUUAAACUGGCAUGUUUUGUAUAUAAGUUGAGAUCGACAGGGAUUGCAGAAUUGGGCCCCUCAUAUUUAGGGCAUAUAUCCAGAUGAUCUUGAGACCAUCUGUGCACCAAUCUACAUAGUCUAAUUAUGUUGUGGAUCUUUCUGCAAAUUAUUUAAACUCAUUCCUGAUACAGGUACAUUUAAGGGAUUCUGGCUGAGAGCUAUCUUGUAAUCUGUCAAGUGGCAGUCUGGUGUGACUCUUAGGUUCCAUUCAUUCUUCUCUGGAAAAUGAAAAAGAUGGCUUGAAAGACAGGUAGUGAAGUUUUAGCUAUUGUCAACAUCGAAUGGAAUCAGUGCACUGAAAUUUACAAAUAAAUAAUUUUAAGCUAA